CACAGGACGGCGCCAGUGUACGGUACUGAAGAACAGACUGUUUGGGUGAAAAAUGAACCUCACAUAAUGCAUUGCAAUGUACUCCAGAGGGAGGUGCCAUGGAAAAGCCAUGGACAGAGAGAGGGAAGACGUGAGAAAAAAAUAAUUUGAAGGCAUUCCGCAGCUCUGGCGCCCUCAUCUUUUGUGCCUCUUGCAAGACACAGCAAAGGCUAAUGUGGAAGAAAAGCCUUUAGCAGAGAAGAAAACUGUGGAGGAAGAAGCAGAGCAGCAGGAAGAGGAGAACAUUUGACAGAUAAAAAGAGGGAGCUCUGCAGCAGCAUCCCCACUGUGCUGAACACAGGACUGCGUGACUGGUCUGUGCAAGCACAGGGAGAGAGGGAGGAGAGAAGGGAGGAAGGUAGGAAAGAAAGAAGGGGGAGGGGAGGCAAUUCAGCGCAGUGCAAGCUGACUGGAUGAGUAGCAGCCGCGGUACAGGCAGCAGCAUCAGCACCACUAGCUGUAGCAUCUUUCUGUGUGGCUGCUGGAGGCUGUCUUGUGGCUGCUGUAGCAUCAACAUCAUCCCCAUACACACACAAAUAUCUGGACACAGACGUUCCCACGGCUUGCCUUACACACACACAUGUCGUGGUGGCCACCAGAGAAGAGGUAGUAAGUGACGGGGCUUGGGGGACAGAGGAAACAGGGACGACUGGUGGUAGUGCAUACAAGAGGAGGGCUGGAGCGACAGUGACUGGAGCAGCAGCAGCAAUAGCAGCGGCACCAUGGCGCAAGCCGCCAAGCAGCUCCGAAAGACCAAGGACCUCGCUGAGGCCGCCGCCCAGGAGCAGAGGGAGAAGGAGGAGGAAAAGAUAAAAAAGAGGAAUCGAUCGAGGGACCGCAGGCGCAAGGCUGAUGCAGCCACGAGCUUUCUGCGUGCAGCUCGUUCAGGGAACCUGGACAAGGCUCUGGAUCACAUCAAGAAUGGACUCGACAUCAACACAGCUAAUCAAAACGGUCUCAACGGGUUACACCUGGCCUCUAAAGAAGGUCACGUCAAAAUGGUCCUGGAGCUACUACACUCUGGCAUUGAGCUGGAAGCCACCACCAAGAAAGGGAACACUGCUCUCCAUAUUGCAGCGCUGGCAGGGCAGGAGAAAGUGGUGGCUGAGCUUGUCAACUAUGGUGCCAACGUUAAUGCCCAGUCACAUAAAGGCUUCAGUCCUCUCUACAUGGCAGCACAGGAGAAUCACUUAGAGGUGGUCAAGUUCCUGCUUGAGAACGGUGCCAAUCAGAGUCUCCCAACUGAGGAUGGCUUCACCCCCCUGGCCGUAGCCCUCCAGCAGGGCCACGAAAACGUUGUGGCGCUGCUCAUCAACUAUGGCACCAAGGGCAAGGUCCGCCUCCCCGCGCUGCACAUCGCUGCACGAAACGAUGACACACGCACCGCCGCGGUACUCCUACAGAACGAUCCUAAUCCUGAUGUACUCAGCAAGACUGGAUUCACACCUCUCCAUAUUGCAGCCCACUAUGAGAAUAUGAGCGUAGCCCAGCUGCUGCUGAACAGAGGAGCCAAUGUAAACUUCACACCCAAGAAUGGCAUCACGCCCCUUCAUAUAGCCUCCAGGAGGGGCAAUGUGAUGAUGGUCAGACUACUGCUGGACAGAGGAGCACAGAUUGAUGCCAAAACCAAGGAUGAGCUGACUCCUCUCCACUGUGCAGCCAGGAAUGGUCAUGUUCGCAUUAUUGAGAUCCUGCUGGAACACGGUGCUCCCAUCCAGGCUAAAACUAAGAAUGGUCUGUCUCCCAUCCACAUGGCAGCUCAGGGGGAUCACAUGGACUGUGUCAGGCAGCUAUUGCAAUACAACGCUGAAAUUGAUGAUAUCACACUGGACCAUUUAACCCCUCUUCAUGUAGCAGCCCACUGUGGUCACCAUCGCAUGGCCAAAGUCCUACUAGACAAGGGGGCCAAAGCCAAUGCACGCGCUCUGAAUGGCUUCACCCCUCUCCAUAUUGCUUGCAAGAAGAACCACAUGCGGUCCAUGGACCUGCUGCUUAAGCACUCUGCUUCCUUAGAAGCUGUCACAGAGUCUGGUCUCACUCCUCUUCAUGUAGCAUCGUUCAUGGGCCAUCUGAACAUAGUGAAGAACCUGCUCCAAAGAGGGGCUUCACCUAAUGCUUCCAAUGUGAAAGUGGAGACUCCCCUCCACAUGGCCUCCAGAGCAGGACACUGUGAAGUUGCUCAGUUCCUGCUGCAGAACGCAGCACAAGUGGAUGCCAGGGCUAAGGACGAUCAGACACCUCUACACUGUGCAGCCCGUAUGGGCCACAAGGAGCUUGUCAAGCUGCUCCUUGAGCACAAGGCCAACCCCGACUCAGCUACAACUGCAGGCCACACACCCUUACACAUCGCUGCACGUGAAGGACACGUCCACACCAUUCGAAUAUUAUUGGAUGCUGGAGCACAGCAAAUCAAGAUGACAAAGAAAGGCUUCACUCCCCUCCAUGUGGCCUCUAAAUAUGGAAAGGUGGAUGUAGCAGAGCUACUUCUGGAGAGAGGAGCCAACCCUAACGCAGCUGGGAAGAAUGGUCUGACACCCCUUCAUGUGGCCGUCCAUCACAACAACCUGGAUGUUGUUAGACUUCUGGUCAGCAAGGGAGGAUCUGCACACAGCACUGCUCGAAAUGGCUACACUCCCCUGCACAUAGCAGCCAAGCAGAACCAGAUGGAGGUGGCCAGUUGUCUGCUGCAGAAUGGGGCUUCACCCAAUGCCGAGUCCCUGCAAGGCAUCACGCCCCUACACCUGGCUUCACAGGAGGGACGGCCUGACAUUGUAGCUCUGCUCAUCUCUAAACAGGCCAACGUAAAUCUGGGAAACAAGAAUGGGCUGACCCCUCUACAUCUUGUGGCUCAGGAGGGUCAUGUGGGCAUCGCUGACACAUUGGUCAAACAAGGAGCCUCUGUUUACGCCGCUUCACGAAUGGGCUACACCCCCCUUCAUGUGGCCUGUCACUAUGGCAACAUCAAGAUGGUGAAGUUCCUUCUGCAGCAGCAGGCUCAUGUUAACAGCAAGACGAGGAUGGGCUACACCCCUCUACACCAGGCAGCUCAGCAGGGCCAUACUGAUAUUGUCACCCUGUUGUUGAAACACGGAGCCCAGCCCAACGAGAUUACUUCGAAUGGGACAUCUCCCCUGGGCAUUGCAAAGCGGCUUGGUUACAUCUCCGUCAUUGAUGUGCUGAAGCUGGUUACAGAGGAGUCCGUCUCCGCGAUCACUACAGAGAAGCAUCGAAUGAGUUUUCCUGAGACAGUGGAUGAGAUAUUAGAUGUCUCCGAGGAUGAAGGGGUUGCCCAGCUAACGUUAGGAGACGAGUUGCUCGGGAUGGAUGGAGCACGCUACUUAAAGCUUGAUGACUUCAAGGACCAGGACGAUGACUUCCUCUCCCCUAAGAAGACUCUAAGAGACUUUGAGGGUGGCAUGGGUACCACGCCCUAUUCUCCUGCAAUUCCCAGGAUCCCUUGUGUGUCCCCAGAGACAGUUCUGCUGGAUCAGCACACCCCCAUCCCCCUGCCAAAGGAAUAUGAUGAAGACUCUCUUAUCCCGAGCAGUCCUGCUACGGAGACUUCAGACAAUGUCAGCCCUGUGGCCAGCCCUAUUCACACGGGCUUCCUGGUGAGUUUCAUGGUGGAUGCUCGUGGAGGCUCCAUGCGAGGCAGCAGACACCACGGGCUGCGGGUCAUCAUUCCUCCUCGAACCUGCGCUGCACCAACGCGCAUUACCUGCCGACUGGUCAAACCUCAGAAACUGACCACGCCUCCUCCACUGGUGGAGGGGGAGGGGCUUGCUAGCCGCAUCAUCUCUCUAGGGCCGUCCAGUAUGCAGUUCCUUGGGCCAGUAAUCGUGGAAAUCCCACACUUUGCCUCACUGGGCCGGGGGGACCGAGAGCUUGUGGUCCUCCGCAGUGAAAAUGGCUCCGUCUGGAAGGAACAUCGCAAUCGCUAUGGCGACGAAGUGUUAGAAACUAUUCUGAAUGGCAUGGAUGAAGACCUGGAGAGUCAAGAGGAGCUGGAGAAGAAGAGAAUCCGCCGGAUCAUCUCCACCGACUUCCCCCUCUACUUUGCCGUGGUCUCCCGUAUUCAGCAGGAGAGUGAUCUGAUCGGUCCGGAGGGUGGCAGGCUGACCAGUAAGCUGGUGCCCCAUGUGGAGGCCAUCUUCCCUGAGACAGCCGUCACCAAAAGAGUGAGACUGGGACUGCAGGCGCAGCCAAUUCCUGAUGAACUGCUGACUCGACAGCUUGGUAACCAGGCGACCUUCAGCCCAGUGGUUACCAUCGAACCACGCCGACGCAAAUUCCACCGUCCAAUCGGAUUGCGCAUCCCAUUGCCACCAUCCUGGAGAGAGAGUCCUCGGGAUGCUGGGGAGGGUGAUACCACCAGCUUGCGCCUUCUCUGCAGUGUCAUUGGUGGAACAGCACCAGCUCAGUGGGAGGACAUCACUGGAACCACAAAGCUGAUGUACGCCAAUAACUGUGCCAACUUUACCACCAAUGUUUCUGCAAGAUUCUGGUUGGCAGACUGUCCACGCACGGCAGAGGCAGUGACAUUUGCCAACUUGCUGUACCGGGAGCUAAUGGCUGUGCCAUAUAUGGCAAAGUUUGUGAUUUUUGCCAAGAUGAAUGAAGCACGCGAGGGACGCUUGCGUUGCUACUGCAUGACGGAUGACAAGAUGGACAAAACGCUGGAGCUGCACGAAAACUUCAGUGAAGUGGCCCGCAGUCGAGAUAUUGAGCUGAUGGAGGGGAUGCCGCUGCACCUGGAGUGUUCUGGGAACCUAGUGCCCAUCAGGAAGGCCACCCAGCAGCCUCGCAGCUUCAGCUUUCAGGCCUUCAGAGAUAACAGACUGCCUGUCUCUGUCAAGGUCAGAGAUAGCAACAAGGAUGCCUCUGGGUUUUUAUCCUUUCUGCGGAAGUGCACCAAGUACGAGGACACACAGCACGUACUGUGUAACCUUAACAUAACCAUGCCACCUUGUGUCAAGGUCGUUGGAAGUGAGGAGCGCAGGAGAACUUUAACCCCUCUCGCCCUGAGAGAGCGCUACAGUGCGCUGAACGAGCCAGGUGUGGCCACAGUGAACGCCAUGGAGAGGACUGAGAUCAAAAUCAACAUCAUAUCUGAACAGCUGGGAUUGAGCUGGGCAGAGUUGGCACGAGAGCUUCAGUUUGGUGUGGACGACAUCAACAGGAUCCGUGUGGAGAAUCCCAACUCACUGCUGGACCAGAGCUCUGCCCUGCUCAACCUGUGGGCCUGCAGAGAAGGCAAAAGGGCCAAGAUGGAGAGCCUGUACACCGCUCUGAAGAACAUUGACCGCGCAGACAUCGUGACGUCUGUGGAAGGUCAGGCUCCACAGCCAGCACCCGGGUCUUUGGAGGAGGGUGCCUGUCGACUCGGCGAUCGCGACUCCACCCUGCUGUCCCCCAGCAUCAUCAAUGAGAUCACGGACACAAGGCCAUUGCGUCUAGUGCACAAGCCACGAGUUAUUAGACCCCCGUUUUUCAGAAGGGGUUAUGGGCUGGUGCAGGAGGAGCUUCUGUCCCCGGCCUCAAUGCAGUACAGCUUGCCCUCUCCACUGGGUGUGGAGCCCUACUGGCAAGAAGUGUCCAGCCUUGAAUGCGCCCCUAUUGCCACCACAGAGGAAGACACAUUAAUGGAGAUGUCGGACGUUCAGGUGUGGCCAGCAGGGGUCAGCCCCUCGCUGGUCACAGUGGAGGACUCAUCUCUAGAGGGCAGCAGUCGGGCUGAUGACUCAGAGGGCGCCACGCUCUCCCUCCCCUGCAGCUUGGGUCGCCCGAGCAGCGGAGCCAGCGGCUCCAUCAUGGAGCUGGAGGAGGAGGAGGAGGAGGAGGAGGAGGAAGGGGAGGUUGAAGAGGAGGAGGCGCCACAGGAGCCAGCAAGUGCACUGGCAGAAAGGGACAGGGUGAGGGCCAGUGGUGCUGUUCCCAAGGUCAACCUAAACGGCCAGCUGGGAGGUCAGAGGUCGGAUGGGAGGAGAGGGGAGGGCCUUGCGGCGGGAGGAGGAGCAAAAGGAGGAGGUGCAGGGCUGGGUUCAGUGGAAGGGAUUUCUGUUGUUGCAGGCCAACAGGUGUACGCCCAGCGGUGUGAGAUGUCGGGACUGAGUCGGGCUACAGAUCACAAUGGAGACAACCGGAUGGUGGGAGGCGGAGCAUUUCAGCCCUAUUUACCAGACAAGGACUCCCUGCAGGGCUGGGUUGGCUCAAUGUCAUCGGGACGUGACGGCAGCAUGCCAGGCUUGCGUGUGGCCCAGGAGGCUCUGCUGACUCCGGAGGCGGGUCAACAUGCUUGGGAACAGGAGCAGAGGCGGGUCCAGAGAGAGGAGAAAGAGGACUAUGCUGCUGAGGCGCAGUUUGUUGAUGAACACGGAACCAUGCUCGCUAGAAGGGUGGGGGUGGAUGUGAGAAAGGGCGCUCAGUCAGUGCAGCGCUCCAGUCUGCGGAGAGUUAAACACUGAAAUACACAUACUACCCAGUCCUCCAGGACCGGAAAGCCACUGCCAAAACAUCCUCCACAAAAACACAACCAGACCGCAGAAGAAAAUGAUGAAGGAGGGGAGGAAGAGGAAGACUAAGACUAAGACUAAGACGUGCAAACUACAAAAUGACAAACACAGAAUCAUCCUCAACGUGUGACCAUGGAGAAUCACAAAAGAAAAGAAGAGGAGAAAAAAAAGAGGAGUUCAACUUGUAGUUUUAUAACAUUUGUAAAGAAAAAUAUCAACUAGACUAAGGCAUGAUGAUUCCUUUUAUACAAAAAAACAUAAAUGUCAGUAAAAUAACCGAGAAAAAAAAAAAAAGCAACAAAAAGUGCUUCCUGUGAACUGUAAUCGCAUGAUGACUGCUGGUGCAUGCCCUUUGACCUUUUGAACUGUCAUUAUCUACAAACUGAAGGGGUACAAGGUACGGGGCUGGCCCACGUGUGGGUCACGGGCCAUUUUAAGGACCUUAUUUCCCCCCAACUGGAGUGGUUUGUGUCAGCAAGUUGAGUACAAUAACACUACAGCCAAAAAAAAGUCCCUCAAUGGAUGGUUCUGUAUACAGCUAAGCCUCUGCUGAGCCUACCAAUGCUUCUUUCACUGGACCCUUUCCCCUAAUAUUCUCAAUGUGAUAUAUGCACUCUAUGCUACGUGGACAUGUGUCGGUGUGUGUAUGUGUGCGUAUGUGUGCGUGUAUUCUUCUCUACCGCAUGUGUUUCUUGCUUCUGGCUUGGCGCUGAGCCCUGCCCCAUGAUUGGCUUAUUGCCCCUGUGAUGUCACAGCGUGCUCAGUGCUGGAAUGAGAAAGCCGCUGUGCUCCCCUGCUCGUGAGUGUUCCUGUCUGCGUGUGCUGACUUGUCUUUUUCCUUUGUGGAUGAAGCUCGCUUCUUGUUAUUUGUUUCUUUGGAACCUGUCCACCUCAGAUUUAAGGAUUGUUUGACUUCGGGACUGACACGGAUCUGAAUCUAUUCGCCCCUCGUGUUUUCAGGGGAAAUGUGUUUUUCAGACAACAGGAAUGUUUUCUUUGGAAAGGGGUUGGUUGCUUGAUUGCAUUGUGCAGCAGCUCUGCAACACAGAGAUCGACUUUUUUCCUCCCUGGUGACCUUUUCUAUCUUCUUCCGUCAUUUCUCCCAGUAGCGCUCGUCAUCUUGAUCCACAAUCUGUAUCAGUAGCCUCUGACAAUAUGCAGUAAAACACAGGCCUCUCCAUCAGUAUCUAUAGCUCCACCAUCUAAUGUUUAAAAUUCUGUGUGCUCCCUCUUUUAUCUGUUUGCAACGGCUGUAGCGCCGCACAGUCCAAUUUUGGUUCAUUCAUUUGAAACUAAGUGAAUGAAGGGGCGAAAACCUGGAGGAUGUGAUUCAUGUGAGGAUGUAGUGAUUUGGAGGAUUGGAAGUGUAAAAUAGCAUAAUGCUACAACAUGUGAUUGUGAAAGGAACUGUGCAACAAGGUCAGACAGGUAGCACUGUGAUUGUCUUAUUAACACCGACCCCAGACUCGUGAACUGUGAAGACACAAAAACAUUCACAUAUACAAACAAAAGCACAGCCACACACACACAGGCGAUACACAAACACACAAUAUAAGAAACAUAUUACACAAUGAAAUAAUUAUUGCCUGGUCAAGAGUGUCAGAUUGGAGUAUGCCACAGCAAUAAUACCGAACAACAGGAACACAGAAGAUGGAGGCCAGAGUUGCGUAUAUCUAUAUAAAGGAUUUGAUACUGAAAGGUUUAAAUGACUGAGCUCCUCAGUGAAGACAGAAACUCCAUCUGGACGAACAGCAUUCGAGUUUGGCAUCGGACAGCUGUGCUGUACCUGACUGGUUCCAUCGACCUUGAAGUGAAUGAGUCAGAGAGGACGCACUGAUGCAAGAUCAGAUGACUCAGCUGUAGCAGUGUGGGAACGUGGAAGCCUGAGAGGGAUUGUUUGUUUUUCAGCACUUAACGUAGCAAAAUAUAAACCAGGAUAUGUUAAUUUAUUACACUGAUACCUAUUAAGGAGUCUGCUGCUGCCGUAAGGUGGAAAUCACAAAACUCUAUUUUCUUUUUUCGGAGUAAUUUAAGUUGUAUUUAUUAGUGUUUCACGCAUUUCAAAACUACAUUGGCAUCACUGUAAAUCACCUCUUGUUCUCUUCAUCUCUGAAACACUUACUUUAUGCAGAAACCUAAAGGCAGCACUAUGAAGGGGUCAUAUCACAGUAGCACACAUUUCCUGGAAGUCAAAACACAAUAUUUAUCCCAUAAGUACUGUAAAUGCUACUGUAGCAUGAAUGUGCGAGUGAGACACUGAAUGAAUGAACACAUUAGUUGCACAUCACAUAGAUGCACAUGUUUUCCAUGCCCAGUCCGUGCACAUGAGAGCCUCAUCUGAUAUAGCACAUGUUUAUUACAUAUCACGUGUUUUCCACUGUUACUCCACUCAGGUUUUCAGUUCUGCUCGGUCAGAAUCAAAAUGUUUUUGUUUUUAAGUUCUGAGUCCUCCUCUCAAAGACGAGUGCAGGACGUAAAGUGAGUGCUUCAGAAUAAGGCUUUGGUGUUGGGGUCGUUUGGGGCGGGAUGGGGAUGCACGUGGGGUUCUGGUAGAUUUAUGAAGAGGGAUGGUUUGUCUGCAAGUGCGUUUGUGAGUGACUGAGUGUGUGUACGUGUGUUUGUGUGUGUGUGUGUGUGUGUGUGUGUGUGUGUGUGUUCAUGUGUGGUUGGGAGUUGUUGAAUUAGAUUAAGACCAAAAAGCACAGAGUGUUGAGUUUGUGUGGAGAACCCUCCUCUCUACCGCUCGGCUCCUGGAGCAGCGAAGGAGCCACAGACACCUCUGUUGGUUGUGUUUAUCCUAAUUUAUUUUUACCACCAGAAAGGUAUAACUGAAGCAUUACUCCCUCUACUAAGAAGCACACAAGGUUAAAGAAGACACUUUGAUGUAAUUAAUGAGGAACUAAUUACUGUUCAUUGUUUGCAGUUUCCUGUGGGCUACUAGACAAAACAAAGCUCUUACAGUGUUUUAUUUGAGUUUCUUUUUGUUUUUUUUACCCACUCUGUAAUCCUACUAAAUCAGCUGUUCUCAAAAAGUCAAGCCUUUAAUUCUGAGCCAUGGAUGCACCCUCCGGGGGACAAACAAGACACCCUGUCCUAAUAUUUACAGCGUGUCUAAUCUCUUAGCUGGCAUGAUUGACGCAGUUUAUAGCUUUCAGAUGAUGGAGAGCGGUGACUCCCUCAAUCACUAAAGUGACACACUCUCCUUCAUCCUAUUAGUUAGUCCUUAUUUAAAGCCCUGUACUGAUUCAGCACAAGAAAGAUGCUGGAUUCAGACGUUUUAAAGAAAAUAAACUACUUCACUUUUUGUUAAAGUCAAAAUCCUUAAGAUAACCCUUGUGUCAGUAUAGUAUAUAUACAGAAAUAGUUUUCAUUGUUAGUAGACUUACUCACAUGGGAUUUUGAUUGUGUGCCCACACACAAAGGAUUCACUGGAUGCAGAGGACAAAAACCAAUGAAUGGACAUGUCUCAUGUCAAGUGCAAGACAGCAUUCAGUCAUUAUCACUGAAUCAUGACAUUGUUGACCGCCUUCUUCAGUCUUCACAAUAUGAGCAUACAGUUUGUUUGAAUGUGUUUAAACCAGAUAAACAAGUUGCUCUUCUUUGUCAUUUCUGAAAAAGUAGCCACCAAGGCAGUAGCUACCAUUGAACACAUGUCUGGCAAAGGGUUUCAAACUCAUUUAGCGCAUGAUGUAGGAGAUACAAAUUAUUUUACAAAAAACAGUUUUACACAAAUCAUAGAAUGUGGCUUUCUGAAUAUCAUACAGGAAGUUUGGACUUUGGGGCUUAUAUCAUUAAAAUCCACUUGCCAUUACCACCAGUUACCCCCAAAUUCAUCAAGAUCAAAAUCUUAAGGAUUAUAACUUUAACUUUGAGUCAUUAUCUUUUCUUUAGCUUAAAAGACCAGAUGUUGAAUUUCAAAUUCAAUUAUUUACAUUUAUCCACUAAGAGAAAUGAUGUAUUAAGCAGUUUUAUGUGAAUCUGUUUCCACUCAGAGGUGGAUUUUUACAAGUAUAAUUUGGCUUUGCAGGGUGAAUUUAACUAAUCACUGAUCUUCUGCAAUGAUAAAUUGAACUUCACCAUGUUGUGUUUUAUGGAUUCUGUGUGUGUGUGUGUGUGUGUGUGUGUGUGUGUGUGUGUGUGUGUGUGUGUGAGUGAGAGAGUGAUUGGGCUUGGUUCUGUAGUUGGAUCAGGGGGGAGAAGAGAGAGAGAGUCUUUACCAGGCAUGUGACUGAGAGGAUGUGUAACCUACGACAACGUACUAAAAAAAAAAAAAGAGUAUUGUAAAAUUUUUAAUGUUGCGAAGAAUAGAGCUCACCUAUACUCCUUUAGAAUGGAUACAUGACAAUGUAAACGCAAUAUCAUAUUACUCUAUCCUAAGGAAUGCAACUGCGCACAUGCACAAAAAAAGAUGUUUUUAUGAAAAUAUAUGAAUAAAUAUAUGACAAAAUAUAUUUAAUUAGAAUGCUAUGCACCCUCAUAGAGUUGUUAUGGAUGUUCUUUAAGCAUUAUCUAGACUAGGCCAACGCCCAUAUCAUGGGGAAUGUAGAGGCUUUGUAGCUAUGACCACUUGUUUUCUUUUGUAUUGUCCUGGAGAAAGGAUAAACAAACGUGAAUAUGUAUACAAGCCUUUCAAUCAGAGUCAUUCUGACAUGAAGAUAUGUAUAGAUCAUCUUACCCUGUACACCAGCUCAAACCAUUUACAAAAAUUAAUAAACAAAGAUGUGACAUA